GUGAUACGUGGAGCGUCGAAAUGGGCCAUUGAGCUGUCUGACGCGUGACGACAUACAGCCAAAGCUCAGCCAGCAUGGCCGACCCCCUCUACGAGCUCCUCGUACCCUACUUGGACGCCCACGCUGCACAGCAACGGCGCUCGUCCACCGAUGCUGUCACCAGUGCGUACCUCGCCCGCCUGACGACGCUCCCGCUCGAUGCCCUCGCGUCCUCCGAGCAGCAGUCGCUGUCACAGAGCUCGCAAUCAGUCCUGCGGUCAUUGCAAGCUCUGUCCAAACGCUCCCACAGGCCAAUCAUAGCCUCGACCGGCCACCUGCUGCGUCUGCGAGACACUUUGCCACAGAUCGGGCACAAUGCAGCGACCAUACAGGCCGAGCUGCCCAAGCUGGAGACAGCUGCACACAAGUUCGCCGACAAGUACAGCAAGAGUGGAGACAACGCCACACUGGACAGACGGAGCAAGGCCAUGCUGCUGUCCAGGAACAUGGACCGCGUGGCUGAUGUGCUGGACCUGCCAACGCUGCUUUCGUCGGCCAUAUCAUCGUCGUCGUCAACGGCUGCCGCCCAAGCCACCGCUGGUACCAGCUCGGUCACAUCCAACGCCAACUAUGCCUCUGCGCUGGACCUCCACGCCCAUAUCAAACGUCUGCAUGCCCUCUACCCCGACUCGACCCUUGUCGCGUCCCUCGCCGGCCAGGCAGAGCAAGAGAUGAAGACAAUGACGGCAAACCUCAUUGCUUCUCUGCAAUCACAAGGCAUCAAGCUAGCAGGUGCCAUGCGGACAGUUGCCUGGCUCAGACGCGUGGCUCCUGAGCUCGAUCAAGCAUGGUCGACAAAGCAGACUGGCAUCGGGAGCGGUGAGGGCAGUCUGGGUGCUCUGUUCUUGGUAUGCAGAUUAGGCUGCCUAGAGUCGAUGCUCGGCGCACUCGACCCUCUGCGUGAGCUCGCCGGCCACGAGACAGACCGGCGGCUGGGUGGUAGUGCAAAGACCGACGGCGGCUGGUCUGCUGGGCAGCAAACUGACAAGUACUUGAAGAAAUACCUCGAGGUCUUCCGAGAGCAGAGCUUCGCCGUCAUCUCCAUGUACAAAAGCAUCUUCCCGUCCGCGCUACCUGCUCCGGGGCAAGAUGAUGCUGCACCCGCUGUCAAGCCUGUAGCUGAGUCGAACCCACUACAGCCCAUCCCCUCAGCUCUGGCAACCUUCCCGCUGCAUCUUGUGGAGAUGCUUUUCGACACAUUGCGCGAGUACCUCCCCAACGUUCAAGACCGCUCGGCAAGGGACUCGCUCCUAACACAAGUCUUGUACUGCGCUGGCUCGCUCGGCAGGCUCGGUGGUGAUUUCAGCAUGAUGAUCGCGCUGCUGGAGGAGGACCUCAAGGCCGAGCUGGAAGGCCAGGACGAAGCAAGCCGUGGGGGACAAGAGGCAGAGGAAGAAUGGGUGGAAGUCAUGAAGAAGCACCGUGUACAAGCCUCCAGGCUGGAACUACUGGCUUCCGGUGUAGGCACGGGCAGGACGAGUAGUCCCGUCGAAAGAGUUGUCAGUCCGCUCAAAUGAACUCGGUAGCCGCUUUCACUUCGCAUCAACCUGCUCGACUACCGCCAAGCCUGCUAGGUGCGCGGUCUGUGCUUUGCCACUCCUUCGGCCAACACCUUACUGCGCAGCGAAACUGAGAUUCGUUGCGACCGACUCGUGUUGAUCAUGCAGACGAACAUCACGCCAGGCUCAACAGCAGCUCCUCGAGCGCCAUCGACGUGCUGUCGAGCUGUUGAACCGCAAGCUCAGCAUCAUCCCCAAGCGCGUCUCUCCGUCAGGCGACUACCCCCACGAUCACCGAGUUCUGCGAGAAUGCCAAAACACUCCAUAUCCCCAGCAAUCCACCAUAAUACCAGAUCUGG